AAAAGGAAACCCAACUUUCCACAUGAAAAAGUGAAGAAAACGGUGCCCAUUACAGCAGCAACACAGCCCCAUUAGGCCACUUUCCAUAAAAACAUUUAAAUCCCGCUUGCAAGAAAAUAUACUUUCCUUCAUCACUAUUCAAUUGGAAGAUUUCCUUCAAAUUCCACCUUUUAUUCUUCACCUGUCUCUCUCUUGUGUGUGUGUGUUUUCACCCUUAGUGUGUUUUUUGUGUGUUGAGUUUUGUGAGAAUUGUGAUGAGCAAUGGCAACUUUAGGGGAUAUAGCAGUGUCUGCAGCAUUUAACAUCGUUGGUGCUUUUGCAUUCUUGUUGGCUUUUGCUUUGUUGAGACUUCAGCCAAUCAAUGACAGAAUUUACUUUCCCAAAUGGUACAUUUCUGGGAAGAGGAGCAGUCCAAUGCAUGCUGGUGGGAGUUUUGUUGGGAAAUUUGUGAAUCUCAAUUUCAAGACUUACUUCACUUUCCUUAACUGGAUGCCUCAAGCUCUGAAGAUGAGUGAGGCUGAGAUUAUUGACCAUGCUGGUCUUGAUUCUGCUGUUUUCUUGAGGAUUUAUCUUCUGGGGUUAAAGAUUUUUGUUCCAAUGGCUGCUGUAGCACUCGUGGUUCUCAUUCCAGUGAAUGUAUCGGAUGGGACAUUAUAUUCCCUCAACAAAGAUUUGGUCAUUAGCAACAUUGAUAAGCUUUCAAUAUCAAAUGUUCGUUCCAAAUCGAUUAAGUUUUUUUUCCACAUAUCGAUGCAAUACCUGUUCACAUUUUGGACAUGUUGCUUGCUGUACAAGGAAUAUAGCCGAGUAGCAUCAAUGAGGUUAAGAUUUUUGGCUUCACAAGGUAGAAGGGCUGAGCAAUUCACAGUUCUUGUUAGGAAUAUACCACAUGUUUCUGGUCGCUCCACAUCGGAUAGUGUCGAGAAUUUCUUCAGCAAAAACCACCCAGAACAUUAUCUGUGUCAUCAGGCUGUCUAUAAUGCUAACAAGUUUACAAGACUUGUCCGAAAGAGAAAUAGACUUCAAAACUGGUUGGACUAUAACCAGCUGAAAUUUGAAAGAAACCCAGAAAAGAGACGGAGAAGAAAGAAUGGUUUCCUUGGACUUUGGGGAGAAAAAAUUGACUCCAUUGACUUCUAUAAGCAUCAAAUACAGGAGCUUGAUAAAAAAUUGACAAUGGAGCGUCAGAAAGUUCUCAAGGAUCCAAAAGCUAUCAUGCCUGCUGCCUUUGUAUCAUUCAAUUCGAGAUGGGGGGCAGCUGUUUGUGCACAGACACAACAAAGCAAGAACCCGACACUGUGGCUAACAAAAUGGGCCCCUGAACCCCGCGAUAUAUACUGGAAAAAUCUUGCAAUCCCCUAUGUUUCUCUAAUUAUUCGUAGAUUCAUAAUAUCAGUAGCAGUCUUUGCUUUGAUCUUCUUUUACAUGAUACCAAUAGCAUUUGUGCAAUCCUUGGCGAACUUGGAGGGUUUGGAGAAGGUCGCUCCAUUCCUUAGGCCAGUGACCGAACUGAAAUUUAUCAAGUCUUUCCUUCAGGGUUUCCUUCCUGGUCUGGCACUUAAAAUCUUUUUGUUUGCUCUUCCAACAAUAUUGAUGAUAAUGUCAAAAGUUGAGGGAUAUGUAGCCAAAUCAACAUUAGAAAGGAAAGCAGCAGCCAAGUAUUAUUACUUUAUGUUGGUCAAUGUGUUCUUGGGGAGCAUAAUUGCAGGAACAGCUUUUCAGCAACUUCGUGCAUUCCUUCACCAAUCAGCUACACAGAUUCCAAGAACCAUUGGUGUGUCAAUACCGAUGAAGGCUACCUUUUUCAUCACCUACAUAAUGGUUGAUGGUUGGGCUGGCAUUGCUAGUGAGAUUUUAAGGUUGAAGCCUUUAGUCAUUUUUCACCUUAAAAACAUGUUCAUUGUCAAAACUGAAAGAGACAGAGUGAAGGCAAUGGACCCCGGGAGUGUAGAUUUUCCUGAGACACUUCCAAGUCUUCAACUAUACUUCUUGCUCGGACUGGUGUAUGCUGUGGUCACUCCAAUACUUCUUCCUUUUAUAUUGGUAUUCUUUGCCUUUGCGUACUUCGUCUACCGUCAUCAGGUAAUCAACGUGUACAACCAACAAUAUGAGAGUGCUGGUGCCUUUUGGCCACACGUUCAUAGUCGUAUCAUUUGGAGCUUAUUGAUUUCUCAACUUCUUUUAAUGGGUCUACUGAGCACCAAAAAGGCUGCAAACUCUACUCCUUUGAUCAUUGUGUUACCUAUAUUGACAUUAGCCUUCCACAAUUACUGUAAGAAUCGGUUUGAACCUGCAUUCAGAAAGUAUCCACUGGAGGAAGCGAUGGAUAAGGAUUUAGAAGAUCGCCCCUCUGAAUCUGAUGUCAAUUUAAAAUCUUUCUUGGCGGAUGCUUACUUGCAUCCUAUAUUCCGCUCUUUUGAAGAAGUUGAAUUAGUGGAGGUUGGAGUUGACAAAAGCCAAGCUCAUAUUCCAAGUCCAUCACGAAGCAGUUCUUCAUCUUCACACCACGACAUCCAUCAUCAUGAAGAUGAGCCAUCUCAUAGUGUUCAUCACCAUGAAUAUGAACCGCCUAGUAAUGUGUAUCACUACGAAGCUGAGGUAUCGAGUAAUGUUUACGAAUAUGACACAGAGUCGUACCGUAAUGUAUAUCACUAUUGAGACUAACUUUCUUGGUAUGAUUAGUUUAAGUUGCUUAGUUUAAGUUGCUUGCACAGCCUAACCACCAUAGCAGCUAGUUUCAAAAGGUUAAUACGAGCUAACCCAAUGUAAACCGGAUUCUGAUGUUUUGUCCAUUGUUCUGAUUGGUGUGAGCUAAGAAUUUGAGUGAGAAGCUAUGCGAUCUUUA